CCGCACUCGCUCAGUGUGCUCGCCAAAACUUGUGCAGACGCGGGGAAGAGAUCAAGAGCGCAGCCGCAAAAGAGGGGGGAAAAAAAACCGGCUGCGGGUUCUGGGUUCUGGAGCGCCGGAUAGGUUUGCGCACACGUUGGACCUUACUGGUGCUGUCAUUAAAAACGGGGGAUGAUCAGAAUAGAUCAGAAUAGUUGUGCAAACAGAUCUGCGGAUGCUUUAUAGCGCAACAUUGACUGACCCUUCUUUUUGACUUUGGAUGCGGACUUUCUUCUUCUAAACUUUCUAAUUGCAUACUAAAUUCCGAUGACCUGAAGCAAAGGUGCGUCGGAGAGUAUAAUUACGAAUUGUUCGGAUCAUAUUGGAAGAAUAAGAGUAAAUAGAAUCCUUUUACCAAAGACUAAAAAAAAUAAUAAUAAUGCUCCUCAACUUCUUCUUAUCCGUAAUGAUGCCGUUUCUGUCGGCUGUGUCCCAAUGCUCGGGCUCGUAUGUGCCGUGCGAGCCGUGCGACCAGAAGGCGCUGUCCAUGUGCCCUCCCGAGCCCAAAGGCUGUCAGCUGGUGAAGGAGCCCGGCUGCGGCUGCUGCCUCACCUGCGCGCUCGCCGAGAAUCAGUCCUGCGGUGUCUACACCAGCACGUGCGCGCACGGACUCCGCUGCCUGCCGCGCGACGGAGAGGAGAAGCCCCUACACGCGCUGCUGCACGGCAGGGGGCUGUGCACCAACGAGAAGGGCUACAAGGCGUCUCAUCCGCCUGUGGAUCGUGAGUCUAAAGAGCAUGACGAGACCAUAAAGAGUGACACGACAGAGGAGCAGUUGCCCCAAUCCAAAGUGCCCAUUUCCCCAAAGCAAGACCUAAUCAACAGCAAGAAGCAGAUUGCCUUGCUCAAGGACAAGAAGAAGCAGCAGGAGAAACUGAGGACCAUGGGUUCGCUGGACUACUCAACGCUCCCAGUCGACAAGCACGAAACCGAAUUUGGUCCAUGUAGAAGAAGGCUGGAUGGGAUAAUAAAGGGGCUGAAAGACACUUCCCGCAUUGUGGCUCUCUCUCUUUAUCUGCCCAACUGUGACAGGAGGGGUUUCUUCAAACGCAAGCAGUGUAAGCCCUCACGUGGUCGGAAACGAGGAAUAUGCUGGUGCGUGGACAAGUAUGGAGUGCAGUUGCCAGGGACCGACUACAGUGGAGGAAAUAUCCAGUGCAAAGACAUGGAGCCUGGCAACAACAACGAGUGAGGAGGGACGCGGCAUGAUCACCUAAGCCGAGGCUCGCCUCCUUCUUUCCUUCCCACCUGUCCACCCGCCAGUCACUUUACGAUUUUGAUCCAAAAAGAAGAAACGAAGCAAACACAUUUGAACGAAAACAAGUGAUAGACUUUUUUUGACUGAGUGCUCAUCUGUAACUUGGGGUACCCAGUUAAUCAGAGGGUCUCUGUUGUGUUAAGAGCUGGGUCCCAGCAUAAAGAUUUUUAAAAAUAUAUACAUUCAAUUAUAUAUUUUUAUAGAGGCUGGGGUUUAAGCACCAUACUUGUUAACAUACAAAAAAAAAGAGAGCAUAUGGUAUGUUAAUUAUUACCAGCACUAUCUUUGUCUUUUACAUCUUUAAGGUUGAGGUGUCAGGGGAGAUAGUGCAAACUAUUAUUAUUGGAAGAACUAUAAAAUGUUUUGUUUGUUUGUUUUAAAAAAGAAAAAAGAAUAAUGUCAUAGGGACGUGCUGAUACAGCUGUUUAUAUGGCUAUUCGGUCCUGUCAGAGCACUUAUUGGGAAAACCUUGGAAAUGUGUAACUUCACCAAGUUCAGUGUAUGUGUGUGUGCAUAAGUAUGUAUGUCGUUGCAUGUGUGAAUGUAUGUGCAGUUGCAUGAAAGAGAAACAUGGUGGAUGCUUUUUAUAUAUACAUAUAAAAGAAUGUCCCAUUUUAUGUUCGAUUUCCACCACAUGAGUGUGUGGCGAAACCCCCAAGCCCCGAGAGCAGUUAUAGAGUAGGCUCUUUGCUAGAUGUUAGCAUUCUCUCACUGGCCCACUCUUUGGGAGAACGACGGUGUAGGAAUUGAAACCAUGUUUGACAUACCUGUCUCAGUGACUCUGCGACUGUGUAGCUUGCCUAAAAUGCCAACUGUGCCUAUGUAACCUGACGCUGGCAUGCAGACUCAGCCAGGUGAAUGGAUAGCUGAUGUGCUGGCCGUGGUCUGAGGUCUCGUCAUGUUGUCAGAGAUUGCAAAAAGAAACAUCCCAACUGGCCUACCCAUCAUCUGGCACCAAUUUUGCAGCACUAGUAUCAAUAUGCAGAUACUGAUACGGGGACACUUGGUGUUAUGGUUUGAAACAGAUCUCAAUGGCCUGACACUAACUUUCCCAAAAUUUGGGCUUGAUGUAACUUGACUUUGUUCAAUGUUAACAUUUGAGAGUGGUGGCUUCUUUCUCAGCCUGUGACAAGUUUUUAGAAUACUCUCGUUAUAAUUUAAUUUUUGUUUUUUUGCCUUCAGUGAAGUAUCAACUUAUCCGCUUAUGAGCCAUUUCCUAGACCAAGCGCUUUCACUGAAUUGAGUGACACCUUGGCGUAGAUUAAUGAAUGUUUUCUGAGGAGCCAUCAUCAGGAAUUGCUGCUUGGAAAAUGAGUUGUGCAUUUUAGCAUUUUAUUCCUUGUUACGAUUUAUUUUGAUUUCACUGUUGCAGCCACCCGGUCAUUUUGGGAGCUUGGUCAUGUGAAUGAAGGUCUUCCCCAGUUCACCCCAACCAUCUCACCCCAAAGUUUAUUUUAUUUUUUUUCAAGCCACACAAUUAUUUUGUGUGCUGUUCUCGAAAUUCAGCAUGACUUAACUACACCUUUUGCUUUUUAAAGGAUGUCAUUUAAAAAAAAAAAAAGAAGGCACAUUUAAGUACCACUGUCAUUCAGAGAGUUUUUGUGCUAGUCUGUGUGCGUGUUUUAGUGCCUUUCCACAUACAAAUAUACAUAUGAAUUGUGACGUGAACGUUACACAGUAGCCAAGGGGAUAAAAUCGGUCAACCAUUAUGUACUGACGAGGGUCCUCGGUUGCUUUCCGAUUUAUACGUCAAAGAUUUUUCUGUUAUGCCAUGACUAUUUCAAAACACCUUGUAAAAAUCACUAGCUGUGAAGGGGGAAGCUAGUGGAUACAUCUAUGUCACUCAUUGAUUUUUUUUGUUGUUGUUGUUUUAUUAUUUCACUGAAUAAGCUGAAUUUUGAGACUGCAAGUAUAUGUAAAUGCUUGAGAAGUUGUUUUCAGUCAAGCUACAUAUGAACAGGGAUACACAGAGGCCUUCUUGGCCAGCACAACCUGGUGAUUCUUUAGUAGAAAAACCAGCAAGAAAAGCCAUUCCCUGCCACAGUGGUUCCACUCAGAUCUUAUUACAGAGCUCAUGUGAUCUUAGUUUCAUGGCUGGGAGGGGGCCAGUAAUGCUCGACACAAUGAGAUAGACGAGACGCUACUCCACUAAGCUUGCCUCUAGUGCUGCUUCUCUCUGCUAUUGAUAGCUAUGCCAUUAUCAAAACAAAAAAAAAAAAAUACGACAACCACAGGUAAAAUAACUAAAGUCCCAUUGGCAUGUCUAAAAGGAAGAAUGAGCAAUGAGAGACCCUCAAAGUGUGAAGAGAGAAAGAAGAGAGUUUGUCAGAGUGAAUGUUAUAAACAGACCUUCACGGGUGUUUUCAAAGAGUUAUUGAGGUGGUGUUGUUCACUAUUAUUGCACAAAUGUCCUCGAAGGAAAAGGCCAGAGCAUUUGCCAGCAUUAUCCAGGUCCUGAUUUGUGCUCGGAGCCCCCUCCCACUUUUUUCUUUGUUUUUCUUUUUUUUUCCUUUUUUUUUUUUGUUGAAAAAAAGCAGCUUGCACUUAUGUAUUUACAAUAAUUCUUUCGCUAUAUGACAACUUCCUCCUAGCAGUGCUGACUCCAAAGCACAUCUCAGAUCAGGUGUAGGAGAAGCAGGAACAGGCCUCAGACACAAACCCUGCCUGAGGACUUUUGACAGGGGCUUCAGUGGCCCAAGCCUGACAACCACCUUUUCAUCUUUUUCAUGGUGGGGGAAAAUAGGAUCAUCAUAGCUAUUGAUCUCAGUCCAAUCUCGACUCAUCUACUUUUACAGUUACCGGACUAUGUGCCUCAGUGGCAUCCAGGGAGAGGGAGAGAAGGUGAGAGCCCUAGGCCAUGAUCAUGCUCUGGGCCUCACUACCCCAUCACGUGGGGUUAAGAACACACACCACAACACACAUCAGUAGAUACUGUUAGCAGGCUAGGCUAUGGGGUCUCGGAAUCUGUGAAGCAGGUACAAGCAGCCAGUGGUAAAUUAGUGACUGCUCUUCUAAUCUUGUAGCUGACAUCAAAGUCUGUGGGUUUAUGAUUUAAACUUGCAUGGAAUUGAUACCCCCCAGAUCCUGUUGUGUUUGAGUACCAAAUUCUAAGUGGACAAAACAGAAACAGUGUUCUCGCAUUAACCAAAGAUGAAACAAAUCUGUCAUUUUAUUCUGAGUCACUAUGUUAGACAGAAUCUCAAUAUUGAAAGAAAAUACUUCUCUCAAUUACUGAGAUUCUUUGGUAAUAUGUAAGAAGAACAGUCACAUGAGCCCGAUAUAAGCCAUUGUGAUAUUGCUUGGUGCCUUGACCAGAUUCCGAAUCUUUAGAAUGGUUAGAUGAAUACGUAAUUCACGCAUGAUACAGUAGUAUUACAGCUUUCUUUCUGGAUCACUAACAGUUUUUUCUUGUCGUUUUCUUUUCUUUUCUUUUUUGUGGAUGAGAAAAGACUUGAUGAAUGAUCACAAUGACAUGUGGCCUAACAUGGCAUUUAAAAAGGAAAAACAAAACACCCAUUUGUGGCAGGAGGACCGUGAAAAUGUUCAGCAUUUGGAACUCUCAAUAAAACAGAUAAAAAAUAAUAAA